AUGGAGGUGAGCGUGCUGGCGCUGCGGGACCUGGCGAGCGCCCGGCCGGGGCGGCGGGGCCGCGCCGAGGCGGCCCAGAAGGAAAACAUAUUUGAUCGAUCCAGGAUGGCCCCAAAGACUCCCAUUAAGAGUGAACCAAUUGAUUUAUCGAAGCAAAAAGGCUGCACACCGGAAAGAAAUCCAAUUACACCUGUUAAGAUCACUGACAGACCUCAGCCUGAUCCCUGGACUCCUACUGCUAACCUGAAGAUUCUUGUUAGUGCUGCUAGCCCUGACAUGAGGGACAGGGAAAAGAAGAAAGAGCUCUUCAGACCCAUAGAAAACAGUGAGCAGAGUGACACACCUGAUUCAUUACAGUAUGAUAUAGUAGAUGACGGCACGGUUGAUGAAUUUGAAAAGCAGAGACCCAGCAGAAAACAGAAAAGCUUAGGACUCUUGUGCCAAAAGUUUCUAGCUCGCUAUCCAAAUUACCCAUUGUCAACAGAGAAAACUACCAUUUCUUUGGAUGAAGUGGCUGCAAUUCUUGGAGUUGAGCGGAGACGAAUUUACGAUAUCGUGAACGUCCUGGAGUCAUUGCACUUGGUCAGCCGUGUGGCCAAGAACCAAUACUGCUGGCAUGGCCGGCACAACCUCAGCCAAACUUUGAAAAUGCUGCAGGAGGCAGGAGAGCUGCAGUAUGGAGAGUUAAUGACCUCCCAGCACAAGGAGCAGGACUUAGAAUACAAAUUUGGAGAACGGAAAAAGGAAAUUAUUCCAGAUUCUCAAGACAGACCAUUACUGGACUUUUCAGAACCAGAUUGCAUCUCUGCAUCUGCAAACAGCAGAAAGGACAAGUCAUUGCGGAUUAUGAGCCAAAAGUUUGUCAUGCUGUUCCUUGUCUCCAAGACCAAGAUAGUCACUCUGGACAUCGCAGCAAAGAUACUGAUAGAAGAAACCCAGGAUACAGUGGACCACAGCAAAUUUAAAACAAAGGUACGAAGACUGUAUGAUAUUGCCAAUGUUCUCACCAGCCUAGGCUUGAUCAAGAAAGUCCAUGUCACAGAGGAACGAGGACGCAAACCGGCUUUCAAGUGGAUUGGGCCUGUGGAAUUCCCUGAAAACACUGAUGAGUUGAGAGGACAUAGCCCAACGUCAGAUCCUGUGCCAGGGACACAGAGAGGAGCCUGUGUCCAGUACCAGACCAGUGCUACUGGAAAGCAAAAGUUUACACGUCACGCUUCGUUUAACAGUGCGCAGCCUUGUGAAGCAACCAGAAGGAAGGUCAGUUCUGAGCCUAACAGCCCACGUCAAGAGAGGCAAGCCGCUACUGCGAAUUCAGAUGAAAAUUGUUCCAAAAUGAUAAAUCUAGCAGCUGUCUGCAGACAGAAAAUAGAGGAAGAUACUGGGAAUAAAGCUUGUGACACCGAAACAAUACAAAGUUCAGCAAAGAACUCCAACAUAACCUUACCCUUCUCCCAUCUUCCUGUUCCUGGGGACUCUGAUUUUUGUGUUAACCCUUUGCCUCAGGCAGUUUUCCCUGUGGUUCAGGCAGAUGUGCCAAACUUCUCACUACCAGUUGGUAUCAGCAGCCAGGCUUCACAUUCUUCCACGCCAGCAGACUCCAACGCAGAAAAUGGAAAACCUACCCUGGUCCCCAGCCAACCCUUCGUGUGCUUUCCAUCUUCAUCCCUUUUUAUGUUGUGCCAUGGUCUUCAGGAAAAUAACUUGAGCGAGCCCCUGCCCACUGCAGGAGACCUGGGAAACAGGAAUGCAGAAGCUCAGGCUGCUGUGCCUCCCACUGUCUGCCAAAAACGCAGCUCCCACAAGUGCUCAUCGCCCUCUGCACCUGAUGAAGAGCCAGCUGCUAAAAAGCAGACGUUGGAGCACAGUGAUGUGCCCCUCUCACUUGUAGUACCCAAGAAGCCUUCUGAGUCACCAAAGGCAGAAUCUUCCCCAGGAGGUGGCUGUUCAGCUGCUGUACAUCUUGAAAACAAUCAUCUUGACCUUGCAAGUCCUGCUGCUCCAGAGGCAGCAAACAAGGAGUCUACUAAGCCUUUCGAUUGUCUGGAGCAAGAAAAACAAUCUCAGAGCAAAGAACCUGAUGAACCCUCUAAAGGAAAUGAGCACAUCUCUAAAGAAAAUGCCAAUCAACCUUUCCAGCCACAGUAUCUUUAUGUUCAGCCUGCUGCUGGAUUAAGCAGUUUUAAUUUCCUGUUCUCUGCAAACCAAGCCCCUGGUGCCAUCAGCCUGGCCGCGAACCAGUUGCCGUCUCUAAGUGUACCCUGUGUCAUGGUGCCAUCAGCAGCCUUGGCUUCCUUCCCUCUCGUUUGCUCUCCCUCGUUCACCAGUCCUCUUUCCCCAGUUCCCGAUGGCCCCUUCUCAGCCGCUGCCUCCACAAAUUUCAGUAUGUCCAGCCUGGCAUCAACCAGCCCCGUGUUCAUAAGCACCACGGCCGUCGUCACCCCCAAGGUCUCACCCGCCCCCUCGGUGGAUCCACAGCAGCCGGCUCACCCUGCUCUGCACCUGAGUCCUGUGCUUACAAGGUCUUGCAGUGCUGUUAAGCUGGACUCCCCUGUGUGUAUGGGACACCCGGUGACCCUUCUGAAGCUGCAGCAGCCUUCGUCAGCUCCUCUCACUCCCAAGAGCAUUCGUCCUGCACAUCAUGAGGCAUUUUUUAAAACUCCUGGAAGUCUUGGAGACCCUGUGGCAUGGAAGAAAAAUGAAGGCAACCAGACCAGAAAUGCCAGCUCUGUGCAGAGGAGACUGGAAAUCUCUAGUACCAGCCCUGACUAA